UCUGCUCCGUUCAUGGACAAUUAGCAGCUCGUGAAAACAUUCAUAGGGCGCGCGUCUGUUCACAUCUGUCUGUCCAGCAUUACCUUCCUGCUCUGAUGUUUUGAGACGGUCCACCAUGUCCACCGGGUCCCUUAGUGAUGUCGACGACGAGCUCCUGGACGGCCUCCUGAAGUUCGGCUCCUCGGGGAAGGACUCCAACGAGAGCACCGAGGAGAGCUCCAACUGCGAGGGCACGUGCGCGAACGAUGCGCCGGGCAAAAAGAGGAAGACUGCGUCCCGGAAAACUGCACCCAAGGGUGUGGCUCUGCAGGAGGGCAAGCACGGACAGAGGAACGCGGCGAACGCACGGGAGAGAGCAAGGAUGCGCGUCCUGUCCAAAGCGUUCUCCCGGCUGAAGACGACCCUGCCUUGGGUACCAUCAGACACCAAGCUCUCCAAACUUGACACGCUGCGCCUUGCGUCCAGCUACAUCGCUCACCUCCGGCAGAUACUGGCCAACGACAAAUAUGAGAACGGAUUUAUCCACCCUGUUAACCUGACGUGGCCUUUCAUGGUUGCAGGGAAGCCGGAGACCGAUUUGAAGGAGAUGCUGAACACAACAAGGUUAUGUGGAACAACAGCGUCCUGACGAAACCACACUGACAACUCUAUUGUUUUUAAUGGACCAAUGAUUUUCAAAAUAAGAAAGAAUAAGACUGAAAUGCCCUCAUCUCCGCAGACUUUGAGUGGGAAUAACGGGGAGUUUCAUCUCUCCUUCGUUCCUGUACACUUUUAUUUAAAUGUUUUUAUUGUCACCAAUGUUGUCUUUGCUGGUUCAAAGAUCAUUUGCGUUCUUUUAUAGCCCUUAUUGCAUUUUUUUUAUAGGCUACUUUGCAGAUGCAUUUUUACUCAUGCAGGUUUUGGUGGUUGCCUUAUGAUGGAUGUCUACUGUUGUACAGCUUAUGUGAAGGCUAUAUCAAAUAUAUUUGUAUAACAUUUA